AUGAACCAUCAUCACAUCAUCAUCAGUUGCAAUUAUCCCCCAAAAAUCAGCACUUCAAGAAGAACUUUUGAAAUGUUUGAAAGCAAAUUAGAUGAUGUUGGGGUUAUUUUGCAUGAUUUUGGUGUUUUGUUGGAGGUUAGUUUAAAGAAAAAAUGAUUUUUCAAAUUCAAAAAAAAAAUAGGACAAAUUUGACAAAUUGCAAAAUUUGUCGUCAAAAAAUAAUUGAAAUGAAAUACGUGUCAAAAUGAUACGUUUUUCACGUGAAAAAAAUGAUUUUUCAAAUUCAAAAAAAAAAAAUAGGACAAAUUUGACAAAUUGCAAAAUUUGGCAUUUUAUUUUCCAAGUCAAAAAUUGCUUCAUUUCUUUUUUUUUUCAGUUUCUUGUUUGUUCGACUUCAAUUCCAUCGGUCUCUCUUCCAACAAUCGCCCCAUCUUCUUUCCAAUCUUCCAAAUGA